CACUUUCUCAUAGGCUGACAAGAGUAGAGGAGAAGAGAGUCGAAGUGAGGCACAUAACCUUCUCUCCUCUCCAAUGCCAGCUCUCACUGUUCACAUUGCCAUCUUUUCACACAGCCACACUUGAGCGAAGCUUUUCCGUCACUUUCGCCGGAAAACGAGAACGAGAGGCCAAUCAAGUCUGGCCAUGGGCCGAAAUUCGUCGCCUUCUUCUCCAGAUGGUUACGACGGCAAUGUUAAUACCGUCCCCGUCUCCGGUGCUGGUAAUGAUCUCGCUUCUCACUCGAUCGGUACGAGCUUUCUUUUCAAGCGGAACCCUAACCCUAGCCACCAGCGAGAUCGAGGCAAGCCGUUGUCGGAUCGCCAUUCAUCGUUGUUGUUGCGGGGUGUCCGAUCGCAUCCCAAUCGUUUCAAUCGUAAAGGUUUUCUGUGGUUGUUUCCUUUCAAAGGGAAGUCGACGUUUUAUUUAGUGAUAAUCUUUGCGGUGUUCUUGUUUGCAAUGGCGUCCAUGGUGCUGCAGAGCUCGAUCACGUCGGUGUUCAGGCAAGGGAGUGAUAGGGGGAGAUUGCUGAGAGAUGGUUUGAAGCUUGGCAGCACGCUCAGGUUCGUGCCUGGGAGGAUAGCACGCGGACUCGCAGAGGGGAAUGGUCUCGAUCAUUUGCGCAAUGAGCCGAGGAUUGCUGUUCGGGCGCCUAGACUUGCUAUUGUGUUAGGAAACAUGAAGAAGAAUCCACAGUCCCUGCUGUUAAUUACUGUGUUAAAGAGCAUGCAAAAGCUUGGUUAUGUGCUUAAGAUUUUUGCAGUAGAGGAUGGAAAUGCACGGACAAUAUGGGAGCAACUUGGAGGUCAGAUUUCAGUUAUUGGUUCUGAGAGUUAUGGACAUAUUGAUUGGUCAAUCUUUGAAGGUGUUAUUGUUGAUUCGCUUGAAGCAAAAGGGGCAAUUUCAAGCCUUAUGCAGGAACCUUUCUGUUCAGUACCUUUGAUAUGGAUAAUUCAAGAAGAUACCCUCGCAAACCGUCUUUCAAUGUAUGAGGAAAUGGGCUGGAUGCACCUUAUUUCUCACUGGAGAAGUGCUUUUAGUAGAGCUAACGUUAUUGUGUUUCCAGAUUUCAGUCUGCCGAUGUUAUAUAGUGUGCUUGACUCUGGAAACUUCUUUGUCAUUCCUGGAUCUCCACUAGAUGUUUGGGCUGCAGAACGCUACAUUAAGACCCAAUCCAAAAUUCAGUUAAGAAAGAAUAAUGGAUUUAGCAAUGAUGAUUUGUUGGUUCUUGUAGUUGGAAGUUCGACCUUUUACAAUGAGCUAUCAUGGGACUAUGCUGUGGCAAUGCAUACGAUAGGACCUUUGCUAAUAAAAUAUGCUAGAAGGAAAGAUCCUGAGGGGUCUUUUAAGUUUGUUUUUUUAUAUGGUAAUUCCACUGAUGGAUACGAUGACUUCUUACAGGAAGUUGCUGCACGUCUGGGACUUCAGGAUGGUUCUUUGAGGCAUUUUGGCUUGAACAGUGAUGUGAAGAGUGUGUUGUUAAUGGCUGACAUUGUUCUUUAUGAUUCCUCCCAACAAGUACAAGGUUUUCCUCCAUUACUUCUUCAAGCAAUGACUUUUGAAAUUCCAGUUAUAGCACCUGAUUUCCCGGUCUUGAAGAAACAUGUAGUUGGUGGAGUUCAUGGGAUAUUCUUUACAAAACAUAAUCCAGAUGCUUUAAUGAAGGCUUUUUCACUCCUUAUUUCAAAUGGAAAACUUUCUAGAUUUGCUCAGACAGUUGCCUCCGCUGGCAGACGCCUUGCAAAGAACAUGCUGGCAUCAGAAUGUAUAAUGGGUUAUGCACGACUUCUAGAGAAUGUGCUCAAUUUCCCUUCUGAUGCAUUCCUUCCAAGUCCAGUGUCUCAGCUUCGUUCUAGGGUAUGGGAAUGGGAGUUGUUCCCGAAGGAAAUUGAUUUGACAUAUGGCGAAAUUCUAAAAACUGAUGAGGGUGGAGUUUUGCUUCAAAACUUGAGUGUUGUCUAUGCCCUUGAAGGAGAGUUGACAAAUUCUGCCAAUGUCAAGAACAUCUCUGAGGAUGGAGCUGGAAAUCUGAAACAAGAUAUCCCACAUCAACUUGACUGGGAUGUUUUAGAGGAAAUAGAGAACUCUGAAGAAUAUGAGAGGUUGGAAACAGAGGAGCUUGAAGAAAGGAUGGAUAGAAACUCUGGUAUAUGGGAUGAGAUAUAUCGGAAUGCUCGAAAAUCUGAAAAGCUUAAGUUUGAAGCCAAUGAGAGGGAUGAGGGAGAGCUUGAGAGGACGGGUCAGCCGGUCUGCAUUUAUGAAAUAUACAGUGGAGCUGCAGCGUGGCCAUUCUUGCACCAUGGUUCUUUAUACCGUGGACUAAGUCUUUCUACCAGAGCACAGAGAUUGAGAUCAGAUGAUGUGAAUGCUGUUUCCAGGCUUCCUGUUUUAAAUGAAACCUAUUAUAGGGACAUUCUCUGUGAAAUUGGAGGAAUGUUUGCUAUUGCAAAAAAGGUGGAUAACAUUCAUGGGAGACCUUGGAUUGGGUUUCAAUCAUGGCAUGCUGCUGGUAGGAAGGUCUCAUUGUCUACAGAAGCUGAAAAGGUUUUGGAGGAAACAAUACAAGAGAACACUAAAGGAGAUGUGAUAUAUUUUUGGGCACGUAUGAACAUGAAUGAAGGGUUUGAAAAUGCACUUACUUUUUGGUCCAUGUGUGACAUCUUGAAUGGGGGAUACUGCAGAAAUGCUUUUGAAGAUACAUUCCGACGGAUGUAUGGCUUGCCAUCACAUAUUGAAGCUCUUCCCCCCAUGCCUGAAGAUGGUGGUCACUGGUCUGCUCUGCAUAGCUGGGUUAUGCCAACCCCAUCAUUCCUGGAGUUUGUUAUGUUUUCUCGAAUGUUUGCUGAUUCUCUUGAUGCCUUGCACACCAAUGGUAGCAAAAGAAAUAUUUGUUUGUUGGGCUCUUCAGACAUUGAGAAAAAGCAUUGUUACUGUCGGAUCUUGGAAGUUCUUGUCAAUGUCUGGGCUUAUCAUAGUGGAAGGAAAAUGGUUUUGAUAGAUCCACACUCGGGUUCAUUGCAAGAGCAACACCCAGUUGAGCUACGGCAAGGACAUAUGUGGGCAAAAUACUUCAAUAUUUCGUUGUUAAAAAGAAUGGAUGAAGAUCUAGCAGAGGCUGCUGAUGAUGGUGACCAUCCAAGUGAGAUGUGGUUAUGGCCAUUAACUGGGGAAGUGCAUUGGCAAGGUAUAUAUGAAAGAGAGAGAGAACAAAGAUAUAGGCUAAAGAUGGACAAGAAAAGAAAAACAAAAGAGAAAUUAAUUGAAAGGAUGAAAUAUGGAUACAGGCAGAAGUCACUUGGAGGAUAGAUAGCUUACAGGUAACUGAGAUGGUCAAAUUUUGUUUAAUCAAAACUUAAGACUAAGGCAAAGUGGCAGAUCUGACUUCGAUUAACAGUCACUGAAAUCUAUAUUUUUCUACUCAGGACUAUUUAAGUGACUUCAGGGUUUAGAGCAUUAUUAAUUCUUUCUAACAGCAUCAACAUAGUCCAUACAGACAGAUUUUUUUGUUUUUUUUUUGCCCCUUGCUGAAUAUACAUACGUAAAGGGAGCGGAGAGAAAAGAAGCUUUCUGGUGAUUGCUGCUCGCCACCAUUUGAAGUAUUCUUUGCCAUCUCAAACUCAAAUGGAAGAGAGGAUAGCAGAGGAUUCUUGAGGAGUGAACCAGCACUUGAAAUAUAUAUUUUUUCUACUACUCAGAACAAUCAGUUUAGUGAGUCUAUGUAUUCUUUUUUUCUACUGCUGUAUAUUCUGUUUUGUUUUAUUCAAGAGCAAUUUUGGUUAAUAUAAAGGUGAUUAAUACUUGAGUUCAA